ACUUUUAUUUUGGAGUGUUUUUGUGUCCCUCCAUGACACGUCUCAAGUCUCAACACACAUCUGUGAUCAUAUAACAACAAUUAUCAAUCGGCGUUUGACGCAGUGAAGUUUUAUUAUCAAAUAAAUAAAUUGUGCAUUGAGUAUAACAAUAAAUCAUAAAUAUUAUGUAAUUGAGAACAUAUACAAGUUAAUAAAUCAAUAACAAAAAAAAACCAUAUAGUGAUAAGAGAAAUAUUCAAAGGCAAAAAGAAAUUAAUUUAAUAUUUUUUUUUCCAUUACAUAUUAGAAAACUUUGUGCGAGGAGAAAAAAAAUAUAUACAUUAUUUUUUUUUUUAAUUAUCAUUUACUCUUUUUUUUUUUUUAUUUAAGAAAAUACUGUAUUUUUAAUUAGAAUAUUAUUAGGUAAAAAAAAAAUAUACAUUUUGUCGGUCGUUUGGGCCUCGUGUUAAGUGUGUGUGUGUGUGCAUUAGUAAAAUAUAAAAAAAAAAAAAAACAUUUCUUGUGUUGGUGAGACACACCAAACUGAUCGAAACUUGACAUUGGGGGGAAGUCGGCCAUCUUGGCGUUUUUCAGUGUACCGUUCGUUUCGUGUUGUAUUCCGCUUGGCAAUCGGCAUCGAGCAACGUUAUCGAGAUAUAAUAAUAUACAAAGAAUAUAAAAAUAAAUUGAGAAAUAAAAAUAAAAUCAACGUCAUUAUAUUAUUGAAAUAAAAAUGAUGACCGAAACGCAUAUCAAUUCGAGUCACAUGUUGAGUCAGAACAUGCAGUCACUUGUUAUCAAGGGUGACAUGGAAAAAAUGGACGAUGUAGGUUGGAAAGCAAAGUUAAAGAUUCCACCCAAAGAUAAACGUGUCAAGACAAGUGAUGUUACAGACACACGUGGUAAUGAAUUUGAAGAAUUUUGUUUAAAACGUGAAUUAUUGAUGGGAAUAUUUGAAAAAGGAUGGGAAAAACCAUCACCAAUUCAAGAAGCAAGUAUACCAAUUGCAUUAUCUGGUAAAGAUAUAUUAGCACGUGCUAAAAAUGGUACUGGUAAAACUGGUGCAUAUUCAAUACCAGUAUUGGAACAAGUUGAUCCAAGAAGAGAUGUUAUACAAGCAUUAGUUAUUGUACCAACACGUGAAUUAGCAUUACAAACAUCACAAAUAUGUAUUGAAUUAGCUAAACAUAUGGAUGUCAAAGUUAUGGUUACCACUGGUGGUACUAAUCUUCGUGAUGAUAUCAUGAGAAUUUAUCAAAAAGUACAAGUUAUUAUUGCAACACCUGGUAGAAUACUUGAUUUGAUGGAUAAAAAUGUUGCCAAUAUGGAUCAUUGCAGAAUUUUGGUAUUGGAUGAAGCUGAUAAACUUUUAUCACAAGAUUUUAAAGGAAUGUUGGAUCAUGUUAUAUCCAGAUUACCACAAGAACGACAAAUAUUACUUUAUUCAGCAACAUUUCCAUUGACUGUUAAACAGUUUAUGGAAAAACACUUGAGGGAUCCAUAUGAAAUUAAUUUAAUGGAAGAAUUAACACUCAAAGGUGUUACUCAGUACUAUGCUUUUGUUCAAGAACGUCAAAAAGUUCAUUGUCUCAAUACACUAUUCUCCAAGUUGCAAAUUACACAAAGUAUAAUAUUUUGUAAUUCAACGCAGCGCGUUGAACUUUUGGCUAAAAAAAUUACUGAUUUGGGAUAUUGUUGCUAUUACAUACAUGCUAAAAUGGCACAAGCACACAGAAAUCGUGUUUUCCAUGAUUUCCGCGCUGGUCUUUGCCGAAAUCUGGUAAGCAGUGAUUUGUUCACACGUGGUAUUGAUGUACAGGCUGUGAAUGUUGUAAUUAAUUUUGAUUUUCCAAAAAUGGCUGAGACAUAUCUUCAUCGUAUUGGUCGUUCUGGUAGAUUUGGUCAUCUUGGUAUUGCCAUUAAUUUAAUAACAUAUGAAGAUCGUUUUAAUCUUCAUCGUAUUGAACAAGAACUUGGCACUGAAAUUAAACCAAUACCCAAGGUUAUUGAUCCAAAUUUAUAUGUUGUCAGAACUGAUGGUGGUGGUCUCAGUUUAGAAGAAGAAGGUAAUGUGUCCAAGUAGUUACAUUUUUUUUUAUAAACUUAAUAUAAAAAAACAAAACAUAAAAAAAAAAAAACUCAAAAAACAUAAGAACAUUUAAAAUAAUCAUUGCGAUUAAACAACAAUCGAAAAUUACAUAUAACAUCAACAUCAAUAAUGUUUAAAUUAAAUUAAAUUAAAUAAUAAUUAAAAAAAAAAAAAGAAAAAAAAAAAAAACAACAAGAAAAAAGACAAUAUGGUGUUUUUCUUCUUCAAAGAAAUAAUUUUUUUUUUUUUUUUUUUCUUUGGUGACUCGUACAUGCUGUGGCAUUUAUACUUUGAACACAGAAAAAAAAAAAAAAGAAAAGAGCGUGAACAAUAGUGAAUUUAAUAAACACAAAAACUCAAAACAUUUAUAAAUAUAUAUAGCUAAAUGUAUAUUGUUAUAAACAAAUGAAAAAUAAAAAUAAAACAAGCACAAGAAUAAAUUGUUACUUGAGUCGGAAAAGUCAUUUAGUGCAUGUGCUUACAGCCAGUGAUAUUUAAAAUUAAAGAGACAAUUAAAGUGGUUUAAAAAUGAAAAAAAAAAAAA